CACUUGCGCAUUGGUUCGAUCACCAGGGAGACCGUUGCCGGGAAACGCGGUGUCCGAGGCCCCGCGAGUUUGUGCUGCUGCAGAAUAAUGGCCAGUAAGAAGAAGGAGAUAAUACUGCAGGUUACUGUCAAUAACCAGGAGCUUUGGGAGGAAAUGCUGGGUUUCAAAGGACUGAUAGUUGUUGAUGUGUAUCAAGGCUGGUGUGGUCCAUGCAGAACAGUUGUGAACCUUUUCAGAAAAAUAAGGAAUGAGCUUGGUGAUGACCUCCUGCAUUUUGCCCUGGCUGAAGUAGAUUCCAUUGAUGCUCUAGAGAACUACAGAGGAAAAUGUGAACCUAUCUUUCUGUUUUAUGCAGGAGGAGAAUUAGUAGCUGUUGUAAGAGGAGCCAAUGCACCACUGUUACAGAAAACGAUCCUGGACCAGCUGGAGGCAGAAAGGAAGGUUUUAGAACAAGGAGCAGAACGUGUAGUGAUUAAGGAUGAAGCCCUCUCCAAGGAAGGAGAAGAUGCCACCAUCAUUCAGGAAGAAUAGGAAAAUUAGUUGGAUUAAUGAGCCCCUAAUCUUUUGGGAUUGCUUCUUCAGUUAUCCUAUUGAAGUGGAGGAGGAAUUUUAGAGAUGCCUUUUUGCCUUUUAUAGGUGCUGCUUCUACAUGCUAUGCUGCUUUUGCUCCUCCCUCUGAAGACAUUUGCACACAACUAAUGUGUUUAUGAGCUGACAUUAAUGAAGAAAUUCAAUGUCUGAUAUUUCUUGCUCUGUUUUUUCUUUGGCGCACAUGUUGGGUCAAAUCCUACAGCCUGUGCAAGAGCUCUGGAAGCCCCUCUGAGGCAGUGGAGAUGGCAUGAUUCCCUCUUGCCAGAGAAGCCCAGUGCAGAGAGACUAUGCCGGCCUCUAAAGUUCCUCAGAGGUUUUUCUAGUCUUGACUCUCUAAGCAGCAUAGUGUUGCCCACCACAGCUCUCUUACCCACAGAACUGCACUGUGUGGUUGGGUGGAGUCAACAGCUGUGUGACAAAGUGCACUCCCUGUUCAAAACACCAGUGGAGGUCCAGGCAAAGGUGAAAGUA